CCAGAAUCAGCAUCAACAGCGGCACCGGCAUCGCCCCCGGCACCGACAUCCCCAUCGCCCCCGGCACCGGCGGCAGCCUCACCUUCGGUGUCCCCGUCACCACCGGCCUCGGCACCGGCAUCGCCGCCGGCACCAGCUGUGGCCACUCCUCCCGUGCACACAGCACCUGUGCCAAGGACCUUGGCUCGUCCUCCCUGCAGUGACACCCGGCAGGAAUUCCCAGGGAUCCCCAGUGAUUCCCGGUGAUUCCCAGCAGGAAUUCCCAGCAGGACACUGGUCACAGCCAGAGGGGACACAGCCAGGACAGAUCCCUGUCCCCCGUGGUGUCCCUCACCUGGGCACAGGGCAGACGCGGUGCCAGGCCAGGCUGGAGGGUGCCCGGGUUAGCAUGACCGAGGUGGAACCCGUGCUGGACUUCGCAUCCUCGGGCAGGACGGGCCGGCGCAAUGCCCUGCCCGACAUCCUGGGCUCGCCCGCCGGCGUCAGCCCCGCCGACCUGCCCCUCAAACUGGCCGAGAUGUCCCUGAGCGCAGGCAGUGCCCAGGACAUGCAGUCGCCCUCGGCGGAGGCGCCCCCUCCGCAGCCGCCCAGCCCCGAGCUGAAGGACACGUCCUAACCCCGCCCGGGGGACAUUUGUGACCGGCGGAGGAAGGAGGGGGCUGCGGGCACCAGCCCGGCUCUCCUGGCUCGGCCGGAGCCCGCUGGGAUUUCCUCGGUGCUGCCGCAGCGGGACCCCGGAGCGUCCCCCCGGCCGUGCGCGUGGCGGGGACACGGAGGGGACACGGAGGGGACCUGCCGUGACCGAGGGGCGAUUCCCACCCACGCCCUGGGCCCGGACUCGGGGGUGGGGGGGAUGUUUUGGCCUCCCCGGCGGGAGGAAUAUUUUUCUUCUGGGGCAUUUGGCGGAGCCGAGCGCGGUCAGGGGUCCUGGGGGGGCCCUCCUGGCCGCAGGAGCAGCCACGGGUGUUUCUUGCUGAGUGUGGUGUUCACUGUGAUGUUUUUGGGUA